CCGUCGUGAACAAGAAAACAGCAACCCCAUGUCCCAUAACAGCAAUAGAAGUCUAUCGAAAAGCAGCCGCAGUAGCAACAAACAUCAACACUUCAAUAGCAGCAACAAUAUAGAAAGUCCAAGCAGUAGCAGCAGUAGUUGUAGCAACAGCGACGCCAACCGUAGCAGAGGCGGCGGCAGUGGCCAUAGUUAUAGCAACAGCCAAAAUUAUACCAGCAAUUACGAUAAUAAUUUUAGCAACAAUUACAGCGGCAACUAUAGCGGUGAUUAUAGCAUCUACACCUAUACCAACUACAAUCAAAAGCAACAAAAACAACAAGUACAGGAACAGGACGAACAGCAGCAACACGAUCAUUUGAAAGAGCUGCAACAGCAACAGAGGUAAA